AUGACGGAAAAGACAAGGGCGGCUAAGACUAUCGUCUUCCUCCACCCCGACCUGGGGAUCGGCGGCGCGGAGAGAUUGGUUGUUGAUGCGGCGGUUGGAUUGCAGAACCGAGGACAUAAGGUUGUUGUAUUUACUAGUCAUUGCGAUCCGAAACAUUGCUUUGACGAGGCGAGAGAUGGAACCCUCGACGUCCGCGUCCGCGGCAACACCAUCAUACCACCAUCCAUCCUCUCGCGCUUCAGCAUCCUAUGCUCCAUCCUCCGACAACUCCACCUCAUCCUCCAGAUCUUCCUCUCCUCCGAACUGCGCUCCCUCGCCCCCGACGCCUUCUUCGUCGACCAGCUCAGCGCCGGCGUCCCCCUCCUGCAGCUCCUGUACCCGCGCGCCCGCGUCCUCUUCUACUGCCACUUCCCCGACCUCCUGCUGGCGCAGGGCCGGCAGCGCUGGUGGAAGCGCGCGUACCGCCUGCCCUUCGACGCGUGGGAGCAGUGGAGCAUGAGCUUUGCUGAUGCGGUCGCUGUCAACUCUGAGUUUACGAAGGGUGUCGUGGGAAGGACUUGGCCGGCGUUGGUGGAGAGGGGGAUGGUGGAGUUGCAGGUCGUGUAUCCGUGUGUCGAUACGAAGGAGAAGGAAAAAUCACAAGAACACGAGAAGCCCCUGUGGAACGGCAAGAAAUUCCUUCUUAGUAUAAACCGCUUCGAGCGCAAGAAGGAUAUCGCGCUUGCUAUACGCGCUUUCGCUGGCUUGUCCUCGCAGGCCCGUGACGGCGUGCGGUUGGUUGUGGCGGGAGGCUACGACCCGCGUGUUGCGGAGAACGUGGGGUACCACAAGGAACUUGUCGAGCUGUGCGAGUCUCUCGGCUUGCGCUGCAUGACGGCCAAGACGCACGUCACCGCCCUCGAGAUCCCCGACGACGUGGAAGUCUUGUUCCUGCACUCGGUGCCGAAUCUACUCAAAGCAGCGCUCCUUGCCUCGGCUCGUCUGCUCGUGUAUACCCCCGCCAACGAACACUUCGGCAUCGUGCCCCUAGAGGCUAUGCUCGCAGGCGUCCCGGUCCUAGCCGCUGACACGGGCGGGCCGACCGAGACGGUCGUUGAGGGCGUGACGGGCUGGCUCAGAUCGCCUGCCGACGUGGCGUCGUGGACCGAGGUCAUGGAUAGAGUACUCAAUCACCUGUCCGCGGACGAACUCGCUGCCUUAUCAAAGGCGGGCAUCGCCCGGGUGAAAGGUAAUUUCGGCGAAGCACACAUGGCAAAACGACUGGACGACAUCGUGGCGCAGAUGCUCGGCGCGCCUAGGAAAUGGUCGUGGGGAUCGACAGCAGCAGCGUUUGGGCUGGGGGCCGUGGGUGUAUUGGGAGUCGUGCUAGCGGUUGUGGGGAGGGCUGUUGUGGUGUCAUCCUAG